UUUUGCCACUCUUCUUCCCUGCCUCUGUUCCUGCACACUCACAUACACAAGUUUCUUGAAGGGCUGCAAUUUUCCAACAAGGAAGUACGAUUCAGAAUUUGCAGGACUGUGGAAAGGAAAUUGUUCUGUACUCCCUGCUCAAGACUUUAUUUACAGACUGAAAGACUAAUUCAAAGAAGAGUGGACAGAGGACAACAGCACAGUCACAGAUCAUUAAGGCUCAUUCCACACUACUGGAAAAAAAAAAAACAAUCUGCUUGUGACAUCCUCACCUUCUAAGUCUUCAUAGCUGCUAACUGGCUUUACUGGAGUUCCCACACUUUGUUCACAGUCUGGUGUGCCUGAUUAUCCUUCAUUGGAGAGAUGCCCAAGGGGAAAGCAAAAGGUCAAAAAGGGAAGAAAAUCACCUUAAAAAUGGCCAAAAAUUCCAUCAGGAUAUCUCUGGAUGGAGGGCUUCGUCUUGACUUAAGCAAGAUGGGGAUCACCACCUUCCCCAAGUGCAUUCUGAAGCUGGCUGAUGUGGAUGAACUUGAUUUGAGCAGAAACAUGUUAAAAAAGAUCCCAAGCAGCAUCCAGAACUUCCAAAAUCUGCGCUGGCUAGACCUGCAUAGUAAUCAGCUUGAGGAGCUGCCUGAGGCAAUUGGUACUCUUCAGAAGCUUUUCUACCUGAAUGUUAGCAACAACAAGUUGACCACCAAGAAUCUGCCAGAAGACUUGAGCCUUCUCAAGAACUUGCGUAUUCUCAACCUUGGCCUGAACUGUCUUGACAGUAUUCCCACUACUCUUGGGGCUCUGAAGGAACUCAAGGAGAUAGGUCUCUUUGAUAAUGCCUUGACCACCAUCCCAAAGAGUGUGGAAAAUCUCCCCAAUCUCAAGAAACUGAAUGCAGAAAGAAAUCCUUUCCCAGAUUCAAAGGAAGAAGUGCAAGAUGAUCCCAUUAAACGUGUAGAGACUCUUUACUUAGUACAAGAGAAAGACUUGUGCUCUUCCUGCCUGGAGAUGUGUCAGAAUGAAAAGGACAAGAUGAACACACUAAAGAAGAAUACACAGAUCACUUCAAGGAAGCUAAGUUUCCCUUUGCUUCUUACACCCAAUUCCUCUGCAAAGGAUAACCAGGAAGAAUGGAGAUUAAAAAGUGAAGACCCCUGAGGUACAUCCACAUGAUAUUCCCAUGAAGUCCAGUCCAAGUUAAUAAAAAGCUGACAUCUUUCCUCCUC